AUGCACGGCGUCCCAUUGGGCGCCCCAUGCUCCCAUCGUGCCAAGCCCAGCGGUCGCGACCGGCCGCCGACGGCGCUCCAGAUCCGCUGCGACGCGCGGACGCGCGGCGGCGACUCCGGGAGGCCUGGGAGGCCGGUCGGCCAGCCGGGGCCGCCGGGCGCCGCGCCAUUGGGAUCGAGCCUCGGGGCCACACCCGCUGGGGUGGCGCCUGCGCGGGAGGCGGAGGGACGGAGUGGCUCCAGACUCCCUGAGAAAGCUGACUUGGUGGUGGUGAGGACUGAUGGGCUCUCCUGCCAGAGAGAGACAGUCAAUGGUGCGCUCACUUCAUUUUGUGGAUUUCUGCAAAAUCAGGCCAUCGGGUGGAAGAACCCCUUGGCUUGA